AUGAAUUAUAAUCAUUCGGGAGCUCGAAGAGGCAAGCCUAAAAGGAUAUUAGAUCCUUCGGCAGGAUUUCCAGCACCAGCAUCUCCGCCAAAUUCGUAUAUGUAUCAGCAGGUUCCUAUGAACAAUGGAAUUCAGCCAGAUUACGGUUUUAAUAUACCAGAACAGCCUUCACCAGCGUAUGGAUUUAACCAGCAAGGCAUGGCUCCUCCAAUGCAACCAGCGAUGAAUACUGGGUCACCGAUGCCUCCCUACCCUUCAGAGACACCACAAAGUUCUUUUCCGACUCCACAGUUCGCAGCUAAUAUUCUCGCUGAACCAAUGGUAGCUAAUAUGGCUAUGCAGUAUGGAGACGCUCUUGUUGGUUCUGGAAAACAGCAUUUGCAAAAAUAUGUACCCGUUAGUGCAUUGAAAUACUACUUUGCUGUAGACACAGACUACGUUUUUUUAAAAUUAGCACUUCUUUUUUUCCCAUUUACGCAUAAGGAUUGGUCAGUAAAGUACGAGCAAGAUGUACCUUUACAGCCACGUUACGAAAAGAAUGCCCCAGACAUGUAUAUUCCAACGAUGGCAUUUUUAACUUAUGUUGUAAUAGCAGGAUUGUCACUGGGCACUCAAGAACGUUUCACACCCGAACAGCUAGGAAUAAUUGCAAGCACAGCACUCGCUUGGGGUAUCAUCGAAUUGGUUGUUCACACAAUAACGCUUUAUGUGAUGAAUUUAGACACGAGCUUAAGGACUCUCGAUAUGGUAGCUUAUGGUGGUUACAAAUACGUUGGAAUAAAUCUUGCGAUAUUGCUGUCAUUGAUUUUCGGGCGAGUUGGUUACUAUGGUGUUUUAAUGUACUUCAGUAUAUCACUUGCCUUUUUCCUAAUAAGAUCAUUAAAAUUGCGCGUUAUUCCUGAAGGACACUCUUCUUACUCUGCUACUGGCAACAAGAGACGAUUGUACUUUAUUUUAUUUUUUGCCGCGCUCCAGCCUCUCCUCAUGUGGUGGCUCUCUUAUCAUCUUAUUUCAUAA